UUAUCCCCAAACGAAAGCAAAGGGAAGGGGACACCGACAGAGUUCAGUGAGCUUUUCAACCUUCAAGCAUGAACCCAUCAUCAUCAUCAUCAAUGAUUAGUAGAUUCCAAGUCAUCACUGGUUGUUUAGCUGAGAGGAGUUCACCUGCAAAGACACUUAGACAGAUUCUGGAAUCGCCUGGGGUUCACCAAGGCCCUGCUUGUUUUGAUGGUCUCAGUGCUAAGCUCGUUGAAAGAGCUGGCUUUCAGUAUUGUUUCACCAGUGGAUUUUCCAUUUCUGCUGCUCGCCUGGGAUUGCCGGACACAGGAUUUAUUUCCUAUGGGGAAAUGGUUGAUCAAGGCCAACAAAUCACCCAAGCCGUGUCGAUUCCCGUCAUUGGAGAUGGUGAUAAUGGAUAUGGAAAUGCGAUGAAUGUGAAGAGAACUGUUAAAGGAUAUAUUAGAGCUGGCUUCGCAGGGAUCAUUCUCGAAGAUCAGGUGUCUCCGAAAGCUUGUGGUCAUACACAAGGCAGGAAAGUGGUGUCCAGAGAGGAAGCCAUUAUGAGAAUUACAGCAGCAGUUGACGCUCGCAAAGAGAGUGGUUCAGACAUUGUUAUUGUGGCACGAACAGAUUCUCGUCAAGCACUAUCUUUAGAGGAGUCACUCUGGAGAUCAAGGGCUUUUGCCGAUGCCGGAGCAGAUGUCCUUUUUAUUGAUGCACUAGCUUCUAAAGAAGAGAUGAAAGCUUUUUGUGAAGUUUCUCCGUUAGUUCCAAAAUUGGCUAACAUGCUUGAAGGUGGGGGGAAAACACCAAUACUCACUCCGCUUGAACUCGAAGAAAUUGGAUAUAAACUUGUCGUAUAUCCGCUUUCCUUGAUUGGAGUAUCUAUCCAAGCAAUGCAGGACUCACUGACCGCCCUCAAAGGCGGCCGUAUUCCGCCCCCAGGAAGGAUGCCAUCUUUUGAAGAAAUCAAGGAAAUCGUAGGUUUCAAUAAAUACUAUGAGGAAGAAAAAAGAUAUGCUACCAGCAACUAUCAGCUAUAUGGAGACAGAGUGAGCAGUAAUGCAUACAGUAUAGAAAGGGUUCAAGAUGACUCAGAACAAAGAGAUCAAAGUCCUCAAGAUCCAGUUGUCGAGGUGAUGACUCCUGAUGUAUACAGUAACUAUCGUGCAGAUGGUUCAAGGGAUCCUUUUUCUGGGAUCUGGUCUCGAACGUUGAGAAUCAAGAUUACUGGAAGAGACGGAAUCGAGAAACUUGACAUUAGAGUUCCUGUAAGUCUUCUGCUUCAAGCAAAGGCCGGGCUUUUAGAAGGGGUAACAAAGAUCGUUCCAGCUUUGGGGGGCAUAAAUAUCAGGGCACUGUUGGACGAUGCUGCUGAGGAAGCUGGGGGGAAACUGCUGUUGGAUUUUAACGAUACUAUGGGUGACAGAAUUCAAGUCUUUCUUGAAUGAAAACCCAUUGUAAUCAAGCUUUUCAAGAGUAGAAGGUACAUGUGGUUUUUGGUUAUAUCGGGAAAUUGUUGAUGGAUCGCAGAUGUGGCAAGCCGAAAGCUAGCAGAUUCAUACCAUAGUUUUAAACUUCCUUAGAACCCCUAAGUUUUGAAGAACAGUGUGGACCAAAUAUGAACUGAUCAAACUUGUAAUUUGAUAUCGAACGAGUAUGAAGUUCGGAUUUCUGUCUUUUAACUCAUUUUAUAACGUCACAAGGGAACCUGUUAUGAACA